AUGAUCAGCAUGCUUGAGAACCUGGAUGGGGAUGUUUUAGCAAGAAUGACAGUAGUGGCAUGGAGGAUAUGGAAGAGAAUGAAUGAAGUUGUAUUUCAAGAAGAAUUCACUAGUCCCAAACUCCUCUUGAAGCAAACUUCACGAAAACCGCAAGAUCUCAGAUUGUUGAAUCACAAGCCAUCAAGCUCGUUGAAUUCUGAAAUUGACCCUUUAGCUCAAUGGUUAGCUCCUCCUAUUGGUUACUACAAAAUCAAUUGGGAUGCUACAAUGGAUAAUCAAAAAUGCAAAGUAGGCAUUAGCAUUGUCAUUCGAGAUUGGGAAGGGAAAGUCAUGGCCACAAUGAGAAUGAACAAAUUCCUUUCCCCUGAUGCACACCUAGCAGAAGCAGUGGCAGCCCUCCAUCCUAUUUUAUUGGGGAUUGAAUUAGGCUUGAGGGAUAUCAUUUUGGAAGGGGAUGCUCUAAAUGUAGUCAAGGAGAUAAAUCGAACUGAAGAUCAUUGUGGUUAG